AUGUCCUUCAAUACCUCGUCGAUUUGCAGAUUGAUCCACUCUGCCUGCAACAGGCCGUCGUUAGCUGCAAUGAACUCGGCUGCAGUGCUGGAUUGUGCUACGACGGACUGCUUGGUGGACCCCCAGGCCACUGGAGCUCCAAACAGGUAG